CUAGCGAUUGUAGCAUAUUAAAUUCCCCUGGCCCGUCUUUCUUGUUUGAAGAGAGUUGUUUGUUUCCUGACGGCUACAAUGAUAUGGCUUUGAGGUAACUGCCAAGAUGGACAUGAGAUAUUUUUGUCCAACAGUGAAGCCCCUGCUUGACAAUGUGGUUUCUGAAGCAUCUCAUAUCCAGAAUCUAACGGAGGCUCUCAGUUCUGGCUAUCAUCAACAAAUCAGGCAGGAGAACCACAUUCAGCCAUCUGGGUCCUUACUCCAUGCAUGUCAUGGAGACAUUAAUUUGGAAAAAAACACAAGUGACCAGCAUCCAUACUCUAUUUCAUCAAACCAUACCCCACUGCUGUCUGAAAUCGCAAGUUUGAAGAGGGACCUGAGUGAUGUUCAGCUAAAACACCAGAACAUUGUUCAAGAGCUAAACCAGUCCAUUCACUCUGCUCAGUGUGGUAUCAGCAAUUCAAAGCUAAUCCUACCACAGAAUAUGCAACUCUUCAAACAGGAACAACAGGUGUCUGAUGGCAAGGUUCUUUGCCUGGAUCAAAACCUCACAGGCAACCUCACAUCCGAAACAAAUGUCGGAGAUAAUAUCCAAGCUCUCAACCACACUGUGGAGACUUCGGAAUUUAAGGAACAGACAGAUGUGAAAACCUUGAGAAUGCAAAUGGCAUUUUUCGAGGAGAAGAUCACUUCCUUGCAGAGAAAAUUAAGAGCAUCAGAGGAAAAACUCCAUUCCUUGCAGGAAAAGUUGUUUUAUUCAGAACAAAAAGCACAGUCUGUGCAAGCCAGAUUAAUAAACUCCAAUGGCAGGGCAUUUUACCUGGAGGAAGCCAUCAUGUCUGCAGAGGAUGUUGUGCAAUCUCAAAAGAAAGCCCUGCUGGAAAGUGAAACUCGAGCAACCACUGCCAAAAUCCAACUCGAGUUUUUGCAGGAGCAGAACCUGGAACACCAAAAGUCAGUACAGAAAAUGUCAGAAUCUCUUGGAGCCUCAGAGGAACUGUGGAAAAGAGUGCCUGAGAUGGGAAUUAGUUUAGAGCAUUACAAAAGACAGGUGGACAUUUUGCAACAUGCACUGAGCAGGGCUGAUUCCAUGCACAAAGAGGAAAUGGAACAGCUCGAAAGUAAAAUGGAGAAACAGGCCGUACAUCAGCAAAACCUGCAAAAUGAAGUUUUGGAUUUAUCUAAGAAAUUACUUCAAGAGCGACUACAAAUGAGAGAGAACCUUAUAGAAUCAGUUAAAUAUGAAGAGCAUGUCCAAGACCCUAUGCAGGAAGCAAGGCAGGGUGCUAGGAAACAGAGUAACAGCCAAUGUUAUGAUAUGGAUAAUCUGAGCGGUUGGGGGCAGGUUGGGACAACCGAGCAGAACAUCAUGCAACAUGGGAGCAGACAAACACCUGAACUGGACAUGGGGGAGAGACCAUUACAAGCCUGUCUGAAUAGCUUACUAAAAGAGUUCAUGGAACUUAGGGGAAAUAUUAACACAGUCCUGAAAGACCAUGAAGAAAGCAAUAACCAGAAGAGGUGGGAUUGGAUGAAGGUACAGGAACAGAGCCAAGAGUGGGAGAGAAGGGCUGGGAAACUGGUGGACAGCUUGUAUUACUUUCAAAAUCAACAGAUGCUUGGAAAUAAAGGAGGCCUCAGUGAUGGAACUGAUAUGGCAUCACAGACAGGAAACCCAUGCAUUCACCACUCUCCUGAAGUGAUGCCUCACAAAGAGGACAUCAGACUUUACUCUUGGCCUCAAAAUUCACACAGGCCAGAUUUGGGGAAUAGUAAGCAAUGUCAGUUUCAUCUACCAAAUGGAUUCACAUACUCUGACAGCAUGCUGGAUCUGACAGUCCAAAAACACUAUAAAAAUGUCCUGAGAGAGGGAUUCCAUGGGAACACUCAAGGUUUACAACGGAUGCCAUGAAGCCAAGAAUUUCAGUUCAGUUGUACUGUUACUGUUGUGUAAACAAUUAUUUAUCCACAAUUAUUUUGAUCAAUAAAAUGUCAAUAUAUUUGUGCAUCUGC